AGAAAUCAAAAGUUUGAUUGACCUCUUCUUGAUUUCACACCAGACCACCAACGCCCAUCAUCAAUUCAAUCUCAGUCGGCGAAUAGGUAACUUAUCGCAAUCAUGGCUGUCGGAAAGUGAGUAAACUCCUCGCCAUUAUAUCCUUUUCCCUCGAUCUUGUAAUGUUGGAAUCGAUAAAUCACAAUACCGCGGAUUCGCGACAAUUGGGCUAGGACGAGGACGAGAGGGGCAAAGCUAUCGAGAAUAUGGAUCUGACAGCACGACAGGAAUAAGCGUCUCUCUAAGGGCAAGAAGGGUUUGAAGAAGAAGACCUUGGAUCCCUUCACCCGUAAAGAUUGGUACCAGAUCAAGGUUUGUGAAAUUCUUCGACUUGAGAUUUAUUCGCAGAAUCUGACAAUAUUUUUUAUAGGCACCAUCUUCAUUCCAAAUCAGAGAGUACGACAAAUCCCACUACCUAUUUUUCGAGCUACAUCUAAUAAUUUAUACAGUGUCGGAAAGACCCUCGUCAACAGAACCACCGGUCUCAAGAACGCCAACGACUCGUUGAAGGGAAGAAUUAUCGAGGUUUCUUUGGCCGAUUUGCAAAAGGAUGAGGACCACGCUUUCCGCAAGGUUAAGCUCCGUGUCGAUGAGGUUCAAGGAAAGAACUGCUUGACCAACUUCCACGGUCUCGACUUCACAUCAGACAAGCUUAGAUCUCUUGUCCGAAAGUGGCAAUCCUUGAUCGAGGCAAACAUCACUGUCAAGACCACCGACGACUACCUCCUCCGCCUCUUCGCUAUCGCUUUCACCAAGCGCAGACCUAACCAGAUUAAGAAGACCACAUACGCUGCUUCUUCUCAAAUCAGGGCGAUCCGCAAGAAGAUGACCGAGAUCAUCCAACGUGAGGCCAGCACCUGCACUCUCACUCAACUCACCGCCAAGCUCAUCCCAGAGGUUAUCGGUCGUGAGAUUGAGAAGGCUACCCAAGGCAUCUACCCAUUACAAAACGUAUGUUAAAUUACUUAUUGGGGGUGCAAUUUAUGUACUAAUUUUUCAUCAGGUUCACAUUAGAAAAGUCAAGCUUUUGAAGGCACCUAAGUUCGACCUUGGUGCUCUCCUCAACCUCCACGGCGAGUCAAACACAGAUGAGCAAGGGCAAAAGGUUGAGAGGGAAUUCAAGGAGAAGGUGUUGGAGCAAGUUUAAAUAAGGGAUGAUGUUAUGCGGUUUGGGUUUGAUGGUGCAUCAUAUGUAGUCAAGUCUGGGCUUUGGGCAAUAUAGGCGUGACUUUGCAUCACACAUAGCACAGGGCUAUCAUUCAAUUCCAAAAAUGUCAAAAAAAUGCAAAA